UAAAAAUCCCCUUACUAUUGUUGUGAAUGCUACUACAUACAAGUAAAUAUAGAGAGUUUACGAAAUCGAUUCAUAUUAUAUCUCAAAAUGUUCGAUGGUUCUCUUACACCGCCCCUUUCCGAUCUCUCGGAUUAUGACGAUGAAGAUAGUAACGCGAACUGUCAAAAUUCACCAGUUUUAAGUCGUUUACAGAAGCCAAGUACUUCUAAAGAACGUUCAAGAAAAAGAAAGCUAAGCCUAAACGACUCAAGCCCUUCAAAGCCUACUCUUGGGCUCCGAGAAAAAGAAGUUAAAUGUAUUUGCAUGGCUUCAAAUUUACAAUUACUAUCAGAAGAAUUUUAUAAAGCCAGCAACUACAUCUUGUACAUUGAAAACAAAGUAACAGACUCCUUAAAAUUGUCCGACUUCAAGUGUACAUCGAAUAUGAAACCUUUGUUUAAUAUCCUGAAUAUUUUUCUUGAGCAAUUUGACGGUGUGAAGUAUAAAGACGAGGUGUGUCAUCUUAUUGAAAAGCUGGAUGUUCUUUGUGGCGAAAUCUCAUUGGUUGCAUCUGCUGGCCCAAGGUUCCUUCACAGGUUACUUAGCUCCCAGUUCAGAUUGUCAGUUGAAGAAAAAUGUCUCCACGAUUGUAACUCUCAAGAUCUUAUUGAUUGGAUGCAUUCCUUCUGUGAAGUUAACACUUAUGCAUUGAACACUGCAUGUCUUGCAAGGAAUAAAUGUAAACAGUUGAAUGUAAUUGAGGUUCUACAUACCAGUGGAUUGCCAGUGUUAUAUGAUGGAGACUUGGUUGUCAGAAGCGUUAACAGGAUUUUGCAUCAGUUGUUCUGUAUGGUGGGACAAGCUUAUAAUUAUCUGAAAUCUAGAGUGAGUCAAAAUGCUGUUAAAGCGAUUAUGAAAUACCCCCCUCUUCCAUGUGACUGCUUUCGAGAUUUGAUCAACAAGUGUUACAGUUUGGUUGACGAGGCAGAAUUCUGGGGAAUGCUUGCUGAAAUAUUUCAGGGUUGCGUUCAGAAUAUCAAAGCGAGGAAAAAUGGGGGAACUGUGUCAACACAUAUAGCGGAGUUUGAAGAAUCGCCUGACGUUGUGUCCUGUUUUUUUUGGUGGAUAAGAAACAUGACUGUUUUUUCAUCAUCAACCACACAUGGUUUAACUACACGUCUCAUAAGAACCUCUAUGUCCCACCACUGCGAUGAUGUCACACUUGGUUUACACAUUCUAUGUUACCGCGAUAUAACAAAGUCCUGUGCUACAGAACUGGCAGCGUUUUAUUUACUGUCUCAUCAUUUCAUUAAGAAACUAAACUGCACUUUUAAAAAGCGACAUGGAAUCGCCCAAUUUACGAACAACCCCCUCAGCGCAGUGGAGUGGCUUACUGUUGUAAGGAGGUUAAAUACACAAAGUGUAACCGGAGAUACAAUGCCCAAAAAUAGUUUCCACUGUUUUCUCAGCUUAUUACAAGCAGUUGUUCAUUUAAAUCAAGACACUAUGUGGACUUCUUUAAAAGAAAGACUUAUUUCAACACUGGAUUCUGCCGGCAUGAAUAAGUUGGAUGUAACAGGUCUGGAGAAUUUUUUCUCUUUUGUCAUUGCAGUUGUUUCAUCUUGCCCCCCUUGCCACAUACCAGACUUUAUGUUGGAAGCUAUGAAACUGUUUAAUCAGUGCUGUAUAGCUCGUUCUGAUUAUGGAAAACAAAUUACUGCAGUAAACGGCUUGUUUGCGCUGAUGUUUCAACUAGCUGAGUUAAAAUUAACUUUUUCCGAUCUUGCAACAAAAGCAAACAAGUUGUUUACCCAGAUCUGCAGGUUGCUGUCGAACAAAUCAUUAAAAACAGAUGAAAGAAAUUCAAUGUUUCAAGUUUUCAUAGCGUUUCUUCAAUCAGUGGGUCAACUUUUUAUGGCUUCCGCCACAUUAAAUCUGGGCCAGGUUUUACUCAUCACACCGGACACUCUUGGAUCAAUGCUUGAACAAGCAAAACCAUCGGAGAUAGCAUCCGUACUUUAUUAUGUAGACGAAAUAUAUACUAGUUUAAGAAACGCAACAUAUUUUGCGUCAGAGUGUGAACAAAUUUGUCACAACUUAUUCAUGAACAUUCACAACUGUAUGAAACAAGAAACUGUUACAUGUUCAAACGAGAAAUUAGACCAGCUAAUGAGAAGUAUGAUACUGGUUCCACUCAAAAUCAACAAGGAUUCACCAAUGUGUGAUAAAGUGAAAGCCAUUUGGGUUUACUUUUGUUCCGAAGAAAAGAUAAAGGCAGUAAGACGAUGCACUUUUAUGAUAGAUACGUUAAGUGAUGCCUCAUUUGAAAUUGUUAUACAUAAAGAGCAAAGCAACCUAGGCAAAGAAAAGAUGACUUUGACCGAUGCUGCCAUACAGGGAUGGUUGAAAUGCAGCGUCUUUUCUUGCCAUGUUGGUGAAAGACUUUCUGCACUGGAUAGUCAUAUUGCAAAAUUCCCAGCGCUGAAACUAGUGGUUGGAGAAAAACACCCUCACUUGUCAUUCCAGAUUUUCGUACUGGUGCUUUCGGCUAACCAUAAGAAUUCCAAGAAUUUUCUUGAGCGAAUAAAGUGGGCUGAAAUGGCUUCCCGUUGGUUUGGGCCGGUCGUUGACGCAUCAAUCCCCGCCUUGGUGUCAUCCGAUGUAAAACUGGCUUCAUCUGUAUACUUCACAAUGGGCAGCCUAAUUCAACACUGUUGCAGUAUGCUUUACACACCGGGAAAACCAUGUGUAGUAAGCAAGCUAUUUGAACACUUGAUCUCCGUUGGUAAUGCUUCGAUUCAAACCAAUACAAACAUAUCUACAGUUCUACAGAACUCCUUGCACAAAUUCAUCCUUGGUGGUCUUGGAAGCAAUGCAAGUUAUAUUAAGAAGUGUCUGAAACAAAUUGUUGCACUUUACAUUAACAAGUGGACCUUCUCUAAUGAAAAACAGACUCACCCCUACCUGUUAAUUCUACAAGACAAUUCCAAUACAAUACAAAACUGCAUGCUGGACCUUUUACUGGAAUCUAUGAGCAGUAACAACACAGAAAAAUUAGCAAUGGUUGUCCAAAUUCUGUUUGCAUGGUGCAAUAACAUUGACGAAAAUCAGAUGGCUCAUUACGAAACUGCUAUCAAAUAUCUCCCAUUACUUCAACAGGCAAGAUUACAGUUAAGGUUCAACACAAUAUUAUUGGAACAAACCAACUAUUUAUUACAAACUUUUAGAAAAUUAACAUAACUCAACAAGUUAUGUUCACUGUGCUCCAGAUUGGAAAUUUGCUUUUUGCGCAGGAAUUUAUUUAUAUAUUUUUUUGCAAACUCGUUAUAUUUUUCCGAUAAAAUUUUUAAGGUUAAAUACAGCUGUAUUGAUUACAAACGUCAUGUGUGUGUAUUUUUUCCACGUAAAAAUUGUCCGAAUUUGUUAAGCAUUCCUUCCAAUCUGGACUGUGCUAAGUAAAAAGCUUAUUACCUUUUAAAAUGCAUUGUCCAUUUAUAUCAUAAAAGGUAGUAAUUUAUUUAUUGUUGCUAGUUCGUAAUACGUUGUCUAGUUAUAUCUACUCAUAACGUAAAAAGUAGUAUUUUUUUUUGCUACUAUUUCGUAAAUUGUUAUUUAACUCUUUAUAUUGCAGUUCUGCAUCAUACAGUAGUAACUAUUUGUUUAAAAUUUACAACAUCAGUUCCGAGAACUAAUUUGUUUUACAGAUUUUGAAAUAAAUUCAGUUUUGUACUUGUUCACGUAUCAAGAUUUUUUUUUAUUUUUACUACGUGUAUAUUGCAGUGUAUUAUAAAUUAGACAAAAUACAACUUACAGGAAGAAAAAA